AUGGCUAGCUCAACUACUCCCACAAUUGAUCUUGAACCCUUCCUGAGAGAUGGAGAUGAAGAUGCCAAGAAAAAGGCAACGGAGGAAAUAAGACAAGCUUGUUCAGAAUUCGGCUUCUUCCAAGUAGUGAACCAUGGGGUGCCCUUGGAUCUAAUGGCUAGAGCCAUUGACCUGUCCAUGGAGUUCUUCAACAAUCCAAUGGAGGAGAAAAAGAAAUCUCUGCUGAAGCCUGGCCUAUCACCACCGCCUGGUUAUGUCAACUUUCAAGACUUCUCCAAUGACGGGAAUGAACAUUUUUUGAUUCUAUCUCCAAGUUCAGGCAUUAAUAUCUAUCCUGAAAAUCCUCCUGAAUUCAGAAAUGUACUGGAGGAAAUUUUUCCUAACUUGGUCGAAUUGCCGUGGUUGAUGGAGAGGAUUGUAAGCAUAUCCUUGGGCCUUGCUCCUAACUUCCUCGCAGAAUACAACAAUGAUAGGAGCUGUGACUUCUUAAAGGCAGUUCAUUACUUCCCUAUUGAGAAAGCUGAUCAGAUUAAUGGAAGACCAGCACAUAAAGAUGCCAACUGCCUCACUUUCAUUUUCCAGAAUGAAGUUGGAGGCCUGGAAGUACUAAAAAAUGAGCAGUGGAUUCCAAUACUACCUGCAAAAGGUACCAUAGUGGUCAACAUAGGUGAUGUGAUUCAGGUAUUAAGCAAUGACAAGUUUAAGAGUGCGAGUCAUAGGGUAAUCAGGCAGAAAGGAAAAAGUCGUUGCUCCAUCGUAUUUUUUGAUAAUUUACAUGGAGACAAAUGGAUUGAGCCACUGCCAAAAUUUGCUACAGAGAUUGGAGAAUCUCCCAAAUAUAGAGGAUUUAUGUACAAGGAAUACCUGCAACUGAGAGUAAAGAACAAGUUAGAUCCACCAGCCAGACCUGAAGAUGCCAUAAAUAUUACCCAUUACUCGAUCUCCACUCAGGAUCAAGGCAAUUGAUGUCAAUAGCUUCAGUUGGAAAAUCUGGAAUAAAAUUAA